UUCUCGGCCCCAAGCAUGGGCACUGCCUCAACACGUCUCUGUCCUGGCAGUCGUAAGCGUUUCGAGUUGGAGGCCUCAACUGUUACCGCGAAUCCUCUUGACUUUGCUUCUCAUAACCAGCGAGCUACGGCCUCCCUUGUCUCAUGCGCCCCUAAACCUCACUUGCUUUCAGAUUUUAUGCCCCCAAAGAACAGCGGGCUGGAAGGAUGCCCCUGGAUUCACUGCCGUUCUCGAACCGGCGAUUACGAUCGCGCAUCAUUAUUUCAUACAUAGCCGACUAUGUGAUCCUCAUUGCCUGCAUCGUUGGGUUCUACAUCCUUGACUCCAUCGAGCCGUACCACCAGCACUUCUCACUCCGGAAUAUUUCUCUACAGUAUCCCUAUGCUGUACACGAGCGCGUGCCGAUCAAAGUGGCAUUGUGCAUCUCCUGCCUUGCCCCCGCAAUCAUAAUCGUCAUCUACACGUUGUUCAUCGACGGCUUGUUCUCUCAUCAUAAACCCCGGGAUCCGGUGUCGGGGAAGAAAAAGGUGACCGGUCCGUACCGCUUCAAGGAUCGGCUAUGGGAGCUGAACUGUGGGAUACUGGGUCUGUUGCUAUCGCAAGGGCUUGCGUUUGUCAUCACGCAGGUUUUGAAAAAUGCCUGUGGGAAGCCGAGGCCGGAUUUGAUUGAUCGGUGCCAGCCCAGACCUGGAAGUGAAGAUCUUAUGCCGUACGGCUUGUCGAAUUCUUCGAUUUGUACUGGUGAUGAGAAAAUCAUCAAAGAUGGUUUCCGUUCAUGGCCUUCGGGCCACAGUAGUUCUUCUUUCGCAGGUUUACUAUACCUCUCUCUAUGGCUCUGCGGUAAGCUGCAUGUCAUGGAUAAUCGCGGCGAGGUUUGGAAGACUAUCCUCGUUAUGAUCCCAAUUCUCGGAGCGACGCUUAUUGCAGUGAGCCGGAUCAUGGAUGCUAGGCAUCAUCCAUUUGAUGUGAUCACAGGAUCAAUGUUGGGGAUAAUUUGUGCCUGCGUCUCGUAUCGACAGUACUUCCCCUCGAUUACAGAAGCUUGGAAGAAAGGGCGUGCAUACCCAAUCCGGACUUGGGCUUCUGAACCGAGAAUCCCAGUUGGUGCGUACGAUGAUAGUACCGUCGCUCUGGCGAAUCCCGAGGAAGAGCGUUUCGAACCGACCCGAGUUCCAACUCGUGUCCCUAGUACCGGUAGUGCUCAAGAUAACCCUUCAUAUCAUUUUCAAUCAAACAACCCUUUCGCACGGACCCAGUAUAAUCGCUCGAACCUUGAUGACAACGGGGCUUGGUCGUCUUCGAGCGAAGACGUCGCAGACAGCUAUGAGAUGCACCAUAGCUAUACUCGGACACCGAAUCUUGGUGCCAUGAAUAGUCAGGUUCGUGGCUACGACGUUGAUACUGCGUAUCCAUCUCAACCACAAGGAGCCAGUGCUACUAACAUACAUAACGGAGCUCUGCACACGCCGUCAGAUGUGAUGAUGGAUCAGGCUGAUCGAGAUCGAUCAGUUACUAGACAGGUGUGAGAUGAAGACGUAGCGGAAGAGGAGAAUGGAUUUCUAGACGGUGCAAUUUUAUUCUUCAUUUAUGUCUUGGGUUUUUAUUUUAUUUUUUUCUUGGUCAUGGCUGCGGUUUGCUGAGAUACCAAGGGACCGUUGGAUGCAUGUGCUACGCAGCAUUCUUCGUUACCACCUUUUGCCAUUUGACUGUUGAUAUGAAUGGAAUUCUAGGCCAGCUCCGCUUUCUUGCAGGAGUGCUCAGCUUUAUGGCUUUUUGUGGAAUGUUCCUUGAAUAUGAUGACGGAUAUUCCUGUUCUGUGUCUUUGUUAAUGGCGUUACCCCAGCCACCCCGCUAGGAUAUCCCAGCCCCCUCAAUAUGAUAGGUAAAAAGCAAUAUGUACGAGAUGAACUGGCAAUGCAUUGCAUCGUUGGUUUCUCUUUUUCUUUUCAUCCAU